CCGGCCUGUCAUUGCGUCGGAAUGUCAGUCUGCGGCAACAAACUGCAAAGUCAUGCUGAUGUCUGGGAACGCUCAGCUACAUUCCCGGAACCGGCCUGCGGCUCCCGGGAACUCCCCCUUAAACGGAAAGCGCUGCCCUGCGCUGGCAGGUCGACUGUGUGUGGCUGCACGCUGAGCGCGUCUUAAAGGAGCAGCAGUGACCGCGGGCUCCGGGCCUGGAAAGGGAGGGAAAUUCAGCGAUCGAUUUUUGCAGCCGCCUUCUUUCCUAAACCGGGAGGCUGGUUGGUUUUUUUCAAAAAGGAUAAAAGACAGUUUGAGCGUCUCGGCAUCUGAGACUGCCAGAGAUUCUCCAGCUAUUUCUGUUGAAAUUAAAAGCAUCGCACUUGGAGGAUUUUACUGGUCAUUAGCAUCUGGCCUGGAACCGACCUCAGUUGGUGAGACCUUCCCCUGCCUGGAGAGUGUGACCAUCUGAUUCACAGCCACAAUUGGACAGGAAUAGGACAGGCAGCUCACUGCUAUUCCUCCUCAAACAUUGGCAUCAUUUUAAACAGUGGGACAAUUCCACAGACUGUACAAUUUGGGAGCGGGAAUGAAAGAAUAUAAGACUAUUCGGUAAAACUAGCGUUGGUUGAAAUGUAAGUCCGGAACUGGGAUUUUGAGCCUUAAAUGUUCAGUCGAGGUGCAGUUGCUGGGCCCUGAGGGACUGGUACCAUCAUCCUGAAAAUAGUGUCCUUUUUCCACCCUCCUGCUCAGUCUCCGAGAGAUAGUCUCUACAGGAAACUGAGAGAAGGAUGUCUGAGAAGCAGUGAAUUGGAGAGGGUGAGGCUGAGAGAGGGAUGAGGAUGGAGGGGUCAGGAAUGGGUUCACCAACAGGAUGGUGACGUGAGCUUGUGAUCGGUCACCUGGAAGUGGAACCCCUCACCCAGCCACAAACCAGCCUCAGGACAGGGAGAGCAGGAGCCCCUCAGAAUAAUGUUCUGCUCCAAGAAGAAGGCUAACCGUUCACCAGUUGUUGUCCCAUCGCUGAGGGGUCACGGCUACCUGGAUUAUACUGUGGAAAGUCACCCAGCGCGGGCUUUGAGCAUCAUGCAGGAGCUGAGACAAGACAGACAGCUGUGUGAUGUGACAGUGCGAGUGAGCCAUGGUGGGAAAGAGCAGACGUUUGCUGCCCAUCGGAUUGUCCUGGCUGCCUCCAGCCCUGUCUUCAAGGCCAUGUUCACCAGCAACCUGCGGGAACGCCAAGCUCCUGAGGUCAAGAUUCAGGGCAUUCACCCCAUGGUAAUGGAACGGCUGAUUGAGUUUGCAUACACCUCGCGGAUCUCAGUGGGUGAACAGUGUGUCCUACAGCUGCUGCUGGCCAGCACCAUGUACCAGGUGGAGGGGGUGAUCAACGCUUGCUGUGAUUUCCUCAUCAAGAACCUGGACUCUGCUAAUGCUAUCGGCAUUUGCCAUUUUGCUGAACAGAUCGGCUGCACUGAGUUACGCCAGAGAGGGAAGGAAUAUAUCAAUAUUCAUUUCACUGAGGUGACCAAGGAGGAGGAGUUCUUUAACCUGACUCACUGUCAGCUCCUGGACCUUAUCAGCCAGGAUGGACUGAAUGUGCUGUGUGAGUCGGAUGUGUAUAAGGCGUGCACCGAGUGGGUGCGCUGGGACUUGGAGGGUCGUACCCAGUAUUUCCAUGCCCUCCUCAAUGCCCUGCAGAUCUACGCUCUGCCCCUCCGCUUCCUGAAGCACCAGCUGCAGGAAUGCCCGAUCCUAGACAAGGUUAAUCCGUGCCGGGACUGGCUCUCCAAGAUUUUCCAGGAGAUGCACCUCCGUAAGCCCCUCCCCCCGGUCAGGCAGCGGGGGAACCAGCUGCUGUAUGUGGCCGGGGGCUACCUGCACCGGCCCGUCCCAAACAUGGACGCGUUUAGCCCCCGCACGGGCCGCUGGCUGAGGUUGGCCGAUAUGCCACUAGCUCGCAGUGGCACAGGCUCCUGUGUGGUUCUGGGGCUGUUCUACACUGUGGGCGGCAGGAAUAACUCUCAGGGCGAGAACGUGGACUCGGGGGCACUGGACUGUUACAACCCAAUGACCAAUCAGUGGAGCCACCGAGCGCCGAUGAACGUGCCCAGGAACCGGGUGGGGGUCGGGGCGAUCGACGGAGUCAUUUACGCCGUUGGAGGUUCCUGCGGAUCGAUUCACCAUCGCAGCGCUGAGAAAUAUGACCCAGAAAGAAACAAGUGGACAUCCAUAGCUCCAAUGAGGGUGUGCCGUAUUGGUGCUGGGGUGGCAGUAUGGAAUGGACUCUUGUAUGUGAUUGGUGGAUUUGAUGGAAAGAACCGUUUGAAUAGUGUGGAGUGUUAUCGGCCUGAGAAGGAUGAAUGGAGUUGGAUCUCUCCAAUGGGAUCCCCUCGCAGUGGAGCAGGUGUUGUUGCAUUAAACAACUAUAUCUACGUUGCUGGUGGUUACAAUGGAAGGGAACAGUUUUCCUCAGUUGAGAGGUACAGCGUAGAAACCGAUAAAUGGGAAAAUGUUGCCAGCAUGAAGCACAGUCGGAGUGCAAUGGGAGCAACUGCUUAUCGGGGCAAGAUCUACGCACUGGGAGGCUUUAAUCAGAACGGUUUUCUCGACAGUGUGGAGUGUUAUGACCCAGAGAAAGAUGAAUGGACAGAGGUCACUGUCAUGCCCACUAAACGCAGUGGAAUGGGAAUUGCAGUCAAUAUGGAACCAUGUCCAAGGAACCUCAACCAGGCUGACGGAGACAGCUGACCAUUGCACUCCCCAAUAACUGAUGGUACAGGAAUUGGCGGAGACUGUCCCUCUCCCUACUGCUUCCACCUGUGAGAAACGAAUUGGCAAAUUCAGACUCACCACCACACACUACAUUUGCUGGUUGCUGCAGCACGGAAUGUGCCAGAACUUUCUACAGAGAACAGGUACAGAAGUGAAGAUCAAAGUGGAUAUUUACAAUGUAGAGGGCCAGGAAUACUGUACAUGUGUCCCUCAACAAAGACUCACUGUAGAGUGAUACACUCCAGUUUAAAGCUGCAAACCCAGGCAUGCAAUUGACUCUAUGAAACAGUGGAUUUAUUCAUCCUAACUCACAGAAGGAGCUGAACAGAUACCUGUCCAGGGUUGGGCAAAGGAAGUUGUUGAAAAAUGUGCCAAUUGGGAAUCUCUCAUUCUGGCUCCUGCUGAGUCAGCAGCUUGAAGGACUUGGUCAGGAGUGGAACAAGAGCUGGAGGAAUAAAAACACAUAGAACUUUCACCGCUGCACACAGCUUGCACACAUGCACACAAACUCGUAUGCACACACAGACGCAAUCAUACAUGCACACACUCAACCACAUAUAUACACAGAUGCACAUACUCUCACAGAAGCAUUCACACCUAGUCUCACAUGCACACACACAACCUCACUGACGCUUACACUCUCACUCAUAUCUACACACAUGUACACACACAACCUCAUGAGACCUACAUUCACACAUAUACACUCAUAAACUCACACCUACACACACACAAACACACCUACACACACAAAUUCACUCACCUACACACAAACUCACUGACACCAACACUGAUACUCAUAUCUACACAAACUCACACUUACACACGCGCACACUCAGACAUGCACCAUUCUCUAAACCACGCCCACAAAAAUGACUUAAAAUGCAGUCAGGGUAACAAAACUGGCGGUUGUUUCUCCCCUUUGGCUACUAUCUGUAACACAGGCACUGAUUAGCGCCAGAACUACGCCCCAGCGGCUAUUAAGAUGUGAAAGCUAUUCAACUGUGGGUGGCAGUGUGGUGAGCUUAAUCAAAUAGUUACCUGAUAUUCGCAAGCAUUUAUAUAAUGUGAGACAAUCUCUGCUUCCUGACAGCCACGUUCCCUAAAAAUAAGGACACUAUGAGGUGCCUUAAGUGGGUGAGAGAGUGCACGGUGAGGGAGGGAGUUAGCAAACCCCCUUACCAGAGUUAAUGAAUAACUCACAAUUUGGGAGUGUAAUUACUGUCGAUAUUGUAUAUAGUUACAGAUAUUUAACAGUUUUCAA